AAAAAAAAAAAAAAAAAAAAAAGUUAUUGGCCUCUGGUUCCCCCUGGCCCAGCCUGGAGAAGGGUCCCUGACCCCUGUCAGACAGGCAGUGCACCCUGCCUCACCUGACGCAGAGCCCUCCCACCACAGGGGAAGUGGGAGCUGGGAGCUCCUGGCACAGGCAAGGCCGAGAGUUGGGCUGGGGGGCAGAGACAGAGCUCAGUGAGUGUCCAGUGUUAGGUGGGUGGGGGUGUUAGUGGGUGGAGGUGUCUGAAGCCUCGCAGGCCUGCUGUCAUACCACAGGCUGGGCCUAGCCACUUGGAGAGCUUUCUGGAUCUGCACAGGAUCUUUUCCCCCACAGGCACGCACUGUGGGCCUCAAACCCAGAAGCAAGAGGGGCAGGUAGGAGCAGGUCUACCUGCUCACCCAGCUCCACCUGCACUGGCCCCAAGGUGUCCCUGAUGGAGCUGAGCUGAACCAGCCACAGGUGCAGGGCUGAGUCUGCAGCAGCCCCCUCCCCAUUCCUCUUCCCCUCCCCCAAGUUAGAACAGCACUAUGGAGGAGGAAGCUGGAAGCCAGGCUUGGCCCUCACACUGGCGGCAAGUCUAAUGCGUGUGUGUGCACCUGUGUCCACAGGUGGUGUGCCCCCUAGUGUACCCUUGGGUCCCCACCGGAGUCCAGGGUGUCAUGUCUGUGUGUGGGCAUCGCUGGGUCCCAGUACAGCCAAUCCUGGGAAAGUGCACGUCCCUCAUGGCAUUCGGAGUCCAGGGUGGCCAACCAGGGCUCCACCAGCAAGCCAUGGCAUCAGCCCAAGGGCAGCAGCCAGCCAGGAGGCAGGAACCGCACCCGAGGUUCCCGGGCUUCCCGAGUCUCCUGUGGGCAAGAUCACCCUUGUACCCUCACUGCUGAGCCCUGGAGUGUGGGUGCCCCCAGGUGGUCUGUUGCUGCUCCGCUACUCCGCAACAGCCCCCAACUCUGUGUGCCCACCCAGGGUGCCGCCAUCUCCUCCCCUCCAAGAGGCCAGCCUCUGCUCCCCACCUCUCUACCCCUGGCUGGUGGGAAAGGGUGCUCCUCAGGCCCUGUUUAGGGCUGACAUUGGGCCAGGUGACAGGACACCUGGGAAUGAUUGGGCAGCUAUGGGGGAGCCAUGGGCAGAGCACCUGAGGUCUGCAGUCAGCAGCCCAGUCGGGUGAUGCCUCCUGGGAAGGGGCCCAGGCUUGGGGGUAAUGGUGUCACUGAUGUGGGUCCCUGGCCCCACUGUGGGGUGUCCAGGGUUGUGCCUACUGGACCGCCCGCCUCACCAUCCCACCCUGCUGAGCCUCCUCCCUCAGCCAUUGUCCAGCUUCGUGUCAAGUCCUGGCGUGGGGCUCACCGCCUGCCCCUUGACCGUGGUGUUCGGAUGCAUCUCACAGUGAGUGCCCCAGCAGGGCAAGUUUGGGGGCUGAGCAUCAGGGGCUCUGCCAGAGCAGGUGGCAAUUCCCUGGAAUCUGGGGUCUUGCCUUUGUUUGGAGACCGAGAGACUCACAUUGUGGGAGGGUCACAGGACAUGUCAUCGGCAGUGAAGUUUUGUUCCGUUUCCUGCCUCCAGAACUUGGACGUGCUGGAAUCCAAGGAUGGGUGGGAGAGGGGCCGUUUCUGGAGAUGUCUGCCCUCCGGAGCUGGCCCAUGCCGCAGGAUCUCCCGUCACCCCUGCUCUUGGUUGGCGAAUUCGGGGCAUGCUGAGCCUUUCCCCUGCGGCCUUUGCACUUCCUACUCUUCCCUCUGCUUAUCAGACUCCCAGCCAUCCCUCGAAGUCCAUGGGCCUCAGAGACUCACAGACUCAGAUGUACAGGUGUCCGUCAGUAUCCAUGCGGGAUUGAUUCCAGGACCCCUGCAGAUGCUCAAGUCCCUGAUAUAAAAUAGUGUAGUGUUUGGCCAGGCAUGGUGGCUCACGCCUGUAAUCCCAGCACUUUGGGAGGCCAAGGCGGGUGGAUCUCCUGAGGUCAGGAGUUUGAGACCAGCCUGGCCAACAUGGUGAAACCCCAUCUCUACUAAAAAUACAAAAAUUAGCUGGGCGUGGUGGCGGGAACCUGUAAUCCCAGCUACUCAGUAGGCUGAGGGAGGUGAAUUACUUGAACCCAGGAAGCGGAGGUUGCAGUAAGCCAAGAUUGCGCCACUGCACUCCAGCCUGGGCGACAGAGCAAGACUCAGUCUCCAAAAAAAAAAAAAAAGGCGGGGGGCCAGGUGCAGUGGCUCACACCUGUAAUCCCAACAGUCUGGGAGGCCGAGGCGGGAGGAUCACGAGGUCAGGAGUUCGAAACCAGCCUGGCCAACAUGGUGAAACCCCAUCUCUACUAAAAAUACAAAAAAUUAGCUGGGCAUGGUGGCAUGCCUGUAAUCCCAGCUACUUGGGAGGCUAAGGCAAGAGAAUCGCUUGAACCCAGGAGGUGGAGGUUGCAGUGAGCAGAUAUCACGCCAUUGCACUCUAGCCUGGGCAACAGAGCAAGACUCCAUCUCAAAAAAAAAAAAAAAAGUGUAGUGCUUGCAUAUAACCUACACGUGUCCUCCUGUGUACUUUAACUCAUUUCUAGAUUACUUAUAAUACUUAAUACAAUGCAACU